UCCCUCCCUCGCUAUAUAUCCCGCCUCUCCACGCGUCCCCCGAGACCGUGCUGCCACACACACACCCACACACACAGAGAAGCGCUCGUCGUUCCAAGCACGCGAGCAGAUCACCGGCGCGCGGCAUGGUGCUCGAGGGGGAGCAGACGCCGGCGGCGGCGGUGCACGGCCACCGGCUGUCGACGGUGGUGCCGAGCUCGGUGACGGGGGAGACCAACUACGACCUGGCCGACGCCGACCUCGCCUUCAAGCUGCACUACCUCCGCGGCGUGUACUACUACCCCGCCGGCGACGCCGUCCGGGGGCUCACCAUCAAGGCGCUCAAGGACCCCAUGUUCCCCUGGCUCGACGCCUACUUCCCCGUCGCCGGCCGCAUCCGCCGCGCGGACGCCGACGACCGCCGCCCCUACAUCAAGUGCAACGACUGCGGCGUCCGCAUCGUCGAGGUCAGGUGCGACCGCGACCUCGACGACUGGCUCCGCGACGACGCCCCCGACCGCCUCCGCCAGCUCUGCUACGACAAGGUGCUCGGCCCGGAGCUCUUCUUCUCGCCGCUCCUCUACGUCCAGGUCACGAGCUUCAAAUGCGGUGGCAUGUCGCUCGGUUUCAGCUGGGCGCACCUCAUCGGCGACGUGGCGUCGGCGACGAGCUGCUUCAACGCGUGGGCGCAGAUACUGAGCGGCAAGAAGCCGGAGGGCAGCACCCUCGAGCCGGCGAACAGGCCGGACGAACGCGCCCCGGCCGGCGCCGCCCCGCCGCGCUGCGUCAAGCCGGUCGGGCCCAUCGAGGACAACUGGCUCGUCCCAGCCGGCUGCGCCAUGGCGUGCUACUCCUUCCACGUCGCCGAACCGGCGCUCAAGAGGCUGCAGCAGCAGGAGGAGGGACGCCAUGCGGGCACCUUCGAGCUCAUCUCCGCGCUCCUAUGGCAGACGGUGUCGAAGAUCAGGGUCUCCAAAGAGGUGACCACGGUGACCGUGGUGAGGACGGACAUGUCCGCCAGGAGCGGCAAGUCGCUGGCCAACGAGCAGAGGGUCGGGUACGUGGAUGCCGGCUCGUCGCCGGCGAAGACCGACGUCGCCGAGCUGGCGGCGAUGCUGGCCAAGAGCCAGGUCGACGAGACCGACGCGGUCGCCGCGUUCCCGGGGGACGUCGUCAUCUACGGCGCCAACCUGACGUUCGUCGACAUGGAGCAGGUGGCGCCCUACGAGCUGGAGCUGAAGGGGCAGAGGCCCGUCCACGUGGAGUACGGCAUGGACGGCGUCGGCGAGGAGGGCGCCGUGCUGGUGCAGCCUGAUGCCGGCGGUCGCGGUCGCGUCGUCACGGCGGUGCUCCCCAAGGACGAGGUCGAGAGCCUCCGCGCCGUGCUCGGGAGCACGCUCCUGCAAGACGCUUGAACCAAGAUCAGCGCCGCCUGCGCCGCGCGUCUUCCACGGCGCCGGCGACCCGGCGAUUCGUUCUGGUGAUUUCAAAUGGAACAGCUGAACGAGCGUACGCUACCUAGUAGUAGAACAAUCUUGGCGCGUGUUUUUCACUGAAAUUUUCACUACGAAGCCUGUAUUGUAUGAUUUGCCGUAAUAAUUAAGUUGGUCGAAUACUCGAAUAGCCUCGUCCAAGAAUGUAUCGAGAUUGCAAGAAAAUGCAGCGCUACACUUGUCAGAAUUAAUAACAUUAUCAUGUGAUUCAGAUUUCAGAAUUCACAUUCAGAGAUCAA